AUGGGGCGGCCGUCGACGAGUGAUGAGCAGGGAGGACGGUGCCGGCGCCACCCGAGGCACCGGCAAGCCACCGGAGUCUGUCCAUACUGCCUCCGGGAGUGCCUCUCCCACCUUUCCCACCACCACUACCCAUCUGCCACCGCUUACCUCUCCUCCUCCUCGCCUUGCUCCUCCUCCUCCGACUCGGAUGUCUCUUCCUCGGAGGAUUCCUCCCCCUUGCACCUCCAUGGCCUGGGAGGAGGGAAGGAAAAGGGGGAAAUCAAGAAAACGAGGAAGAAAGAGAAGGGCUGGUGGAAGGUGAUGAGUGGUUCGAAGAGGUCGUGGAGGAACAAGGAAGAGGGCCGCGGCGGAGCUAAUCUGAUGCAUUCACAGACCUUCAAAGAGAAGCAUUCAGCCAAGUGGGUCUUGUUUGCUUAA